CGACUUUCACCCAAGGCGGCAUAUUAAUGGCGUUUUGGUUCGAAUGACGAGGUAGGCGGUUGCUUUCUUGUUGGUUUUAUACCCGCCGCUCACCCUGGCUCUUGGUCUUUUCCCAUUGUUAAGUAGAAUAAUUAGAGGGAUCCAGAAUUCUUAUGUCUGCUAUAUCACGACUAUGUCCCCGCACACGUCGAUCCGCUGGGAUCGUUGACAAUGGAUUUGAUGCGUGUGCAGCAAGAAUCCUGAUCCUUUUCUCUGCCUGCUACGUCACAAGCUUACAUUGGCCACCAUGGCUGCUCCGCUGGAUUGAAGGGCGGGGUACAACUACCAAACCUUUGAACUUCAGUACAAUUUACUAUACUGGGAUAACGCAAACAAACGAGUAUUUCUACACGAUCGCGUGAGGAUCUUACGAGUUAUGUUUCUUAGUCUGUGGCUUCCAAUCUUUCUCUUCCACUGCCGCCUCACAGAUGCGAAACAGAUAACUCUGACUCAACAAUCACGACUUCGCAAUGCCACUAUGGACGAUGCUGAUGCCAUAACAACCAUUUUUCUUGCGGCCUUUGCCCCACUGCCGGCGUGGCAAUAUGUGUAUCCCUUCCGCAACGACUUUCCUGGCGACCACAAAAAAUGUUAUCUGAGGUUCAUUGUACCUAUGCUAUCAGACGCCUGUGCACACACCGAGGUGAUUGAGGCACCUACAGGCAGCAACAUAGCGCUGAUUGCCGCUGCCAUAUGGGUGCAGAAGAGUUCGCAUGAGCAGCUCGGCGUGCGGCCAUGUCCCGCUAAGGACGAGUUACGCUCGAGGCUGUGUGGUCUAGAUUCAAUUGUGCUGGAUGAAUGCAUGCAUAAGGACAUGAACAUCACGCGAGCAAUCGACUAUGAGCGCAAGUUCAAUGCUGCAAAAAAGACACAUGUUGAUGAUGUCUUCGGUACCGAGCAGCUCUAUCUUGAGCAGCUUGCAACCCAUCCGGACUACCAAUCGCGAGGCGCUGGCACACGGCUCAUCGAAUCGGGGCUGGAGCGCGGGAAAAGGAUUGGUGUGAACGUUACAUUGAUCGCAGAGCCUACAGCUGAGAACUUUUAUGUUCAUCGAGGGUUUCGAGAGGCGAGUAACAUCAGCCUUGAGUCUGUCGAUGGUGACCAAAGUUUUGAAUACAACGUCAUGGCAUACGACUAAGAGAACAAUAUUUCUUGAUAGUUCAUCAAAUCUCCGUCAGUGGACGGCUUUCGUCCUUUAUCUAA